AUGGGUGUGAUGAGGCUUCCUCGUCCCACCGGCGUGUACGUGCCCAACUCGCCCACCCGCAAUCUCACCGUCGAUAUGAUCUCGCCACCGCUAUCUCCGGGCUUCAACUUCGACUGGGAGACGCUACCUACCUCCAUCCUGCCUGCGCUAGAAUACAUCUCCAGCAAGCUGCAGCAGAAGAUGAUGCACGUCACCUUGCUCGUCGGCCGCGGCAAGCCCUUCCCGACUGGCCAACCCUCCGACCUGAUGGUCAUCCCGAUCACCGCUCUGGACGCACAGGCAUCGCGAGCGCUGCACCGCACCAUCGCCAAAGCAGCGAAUAAGUUCUCGCUGGGCUCCAGCUGGACGGACGCGCUGGCCCGCAGCCAGUACGAGCGCCACGCCAACGAGUACCUGAUGCAGCAGUCGAUCAUGCAGAACGAGGUCGUCUUCAGUCGCGAGGGUCUGACCCUGUUGACAGUCGACCGCAUCUACACCUUCAAGCGUCGGCUCUGCAUUCUCGCCCACCGUGGACCCAACCCGGACGAAGAGUCCGUGGCCUCGUGCGUGCAGCUCCUGCACCGCACCAUCCAGGAUUUCCAGGGGCGACCCUUCAGCAAGGCCUUCUUUCACCGCGUCUACGAGCAGUUAGACGUGCGUGACGACCUGCUGGCCCGCAUCGCUAGCAUGUAUCUGAAGGAAUUCGGCGAGGAGGGCAUCGUGAUGCCGUCAUCGGCAUCCUCGUCUUCCUCCGAGAAAGAAAUCCCCAAGACCAGAGCCAAAACCAUCCGCAAAACCGCUUCCUCUGUCAAAACCACCGCCACCACGCAGACAACCAAACCCGCUACAACAGUGCGGAAAUCACCGAUGCACAGUAGUAUUCGGGCGCGCAGAGAACCUGGACCACCGCGAUACCGAGCUCCGGCCAAACGAGGACCGAAGACGCCGUUAUCAGCAUCGGAUGUCACGCCCAUCACGCGCAAUGAAUGGAACAUGUUGGUGGGGACGGAUUUCCGACACGUCAAAGCGACGGUGACGAAAUGGACGCCGUCGCCGAUUGUUCUGGCGGCGGCGUAG